UCUUUCUUUCGAUUGUACCUGUUCUGCACCGCGUCAAGAGUAAAAGAAGGAGCGUGCAGCGACCUCGUCAACUACCUGCGGCGGCACCUGCCUCCGUCUUUUAUUCCUCUACCGCCCUUUCCAUAUACAUAAUAAAAUCACAGCCACCAUUUCUCAUCUGUGCUUAUUUUUUCUAUUCCAUUCUUCUCAUCAACAAUGUUUCUGACGGAGAAACCCAACUAUCCCUCCUUCUUCGAUUCUUUUAACAAAGAGAAGAAGAAGAAGAAGGAGUUCGACCUUAUCUCUCAGUCCUUCGACGAAUCCAUUCUUCGUCGCCUCAAUACUUUAUGCAAUUCGCACUCUUCUGUUACUAUCAAUUUCUCCUGGCUCUCCUCGGCCCUCGCUUUUCUCUCCUUCACACAUAACCAAGCCAUAACCCUACUAUCCAACCCCAAGCUCACCGAUUCUUUGAAUUUUUACUUGGAUGACAGUGUCAAGCUCCUCGAUAUCUGCAACUCCAUUGCUUCGGAGAUUGAACGCUUACGCCAUCGCCGGCUUCUCCUCAAAUUUGCACUUCACCUAUUUAACAACAACAGCAACAACAACAGUGAAGAUGCAGAGAAGCUAAGAAGAGCUCGGGCUUCGCUGACUGAUUGGGAUAAUAAUCUCAAGGGAUCCAGAUAUGAUAGCAGCAAGAAUUUGGAGCAUCUGGUGAUAGAUUUGGCUUUCAUGCUUAAGGAGGUUCCACGUGGAAAGAUCUCAUCCGAUGAAAGGAUUGUCCGCCGCACGAUCCACUCCGUUGGGUUGGUAACGGUGUUUGUCGCGGGAGUUGUGGUCGCGGCGUUGCGUGGAUCGACGGAGUUAGGUGUUGCCGUUAGAGCGCCGUCCGAGUUUUUGUGGGCUGACUCGUUCAAUCUUGUCAACUCAGCGAUCUCGGCCGAGCUCACUCGGCCGGGCAAAAAGAGGCAUCUACUCGAGGAGCUAGAUGACGUGGAAGCACGUCUCAGGGAAGUGAUCGGCGUGAUGGAUGACGCAGGCGGAGAAAAAGGGGAGAGCCUAAACGGUGCCGUUAAGGAGCUGGAGAGAGUGACGGAGACAUUAGGAGAGGGAUUGGAGAGGUUGAGUAACGGCGUGAAUGAAGUGUUCAAUACGGUUAUGAGCAGUAGAAAGGAGAUGCUGGAGAGAAUGAGAGUGGGUCAACAAAAGCAACAGACAAAGCAAUGCUAAAAAGCAAAGGAAGCCCGCCUGAUAAGAAUACAUAGAAAGAAAGCAUGUUUUAUUUUACUGAGAAAAAAGUCCAACGAGCGCGUGCGCUUGCUUGCUUUUUAAUCUUGUCUUUGUAAACGUGCACUGCUAAUGAAAGAGUAUUAUUGCUAA